AAACCCUCGCACCUCCUCGCACACACACUCUAAAGGUCACCAGGCCUGUGGGUGCAGACUGAUAGCAGGCAGCAUGGGGCUCGGGCAGGUGUGCGCUGUCUACGUCCUGCUGAGCGCAUUAAUGUGUGGAACCCUGUCCAAAAAAAACGAUGAGCCAAUCCAGGAGGAUAAAGACGUGCUGGUUCUGACCGAAAGCAACUUCAACCGGGCGCUGAAACUGCACAGCCAGCUACUCGUGCACUUCUAUGCUCCUCUCUCUGGAGAGUCUCUCGGCUCUAUAUUGGAAUUUGCUCAGGCAGCCAGUGAGCUGAAAGAGGCAAAUUCGGACGUGAAACUGGGAGGACUGGAUGUAUCUAAACAGAAGGACCUCGCCAAGACCUUAAAUGUCACCACUGUGCCUUCUGUACGACUCUACCUGUCCGGAGACAAGUAUAACCCUGUUUACUGUCCAGUUCUCAAGAGCUCAGCCUCCAUUAUAUCAUGGCUCAAAAGAAGAAAGGGCCCUAGUGCUGACCUCAUCAAAGAUCUCAGCCAAUUAGAGAAGUUUACAGCAGAAGACGAUCUGGUCAUUCUUGGAUUAUUUAAGGAUGUUGAGGAGGGGGCAGUGAAGGUGUUUUAUGAGGUGGCAGCUGAUGUUCCUGACCUGCCCUUUGGUGUAACAGGAAACGAGCAGGUCUUCAGCAAGUACGGUAGAACUGAACAUUCAGUGCUGCUUCUCAGAAAGUCAAAAAUGGCAGAACAUUUUGAGAUGACCAGCGAAACGGUGAAAGACGACGUCAUUCUUUUCAUCAGGAUCCAUGAGAUGCCUCUGGUGACAGAAUACAAUGGCAAGACAUCAUCGAAGAUCCUGAGCUCUGUAGUGCAGAAUCACUUGAUUCUGUUCAUGGACAAGGCUGGCAAAGGAUUUAAACAAACGUAUCGCGCCUUCAAAAGCACAGCCAAAGAGUUCAGAGGAAAGGUUCUGUUUGUGCUGAUUGACUCGGGGGAGCCCCGAAAUGGACGAAUCAUGGAGUAUUUCCGCGUAAGGAAAGAAGACGCACCGCUGGUUCGCAUGGUUAACUUGACGGACAGCUUCCAAUAUCAGUUACCAUCAGAUCUGAUGGACAUUCAGACAUUUACUGACUUUAUUGAAAGUUAUCUACAAGGGAAGGCUAAGCUAAAGCUACAAAGUGAGCCCGUCCCUGAUGGCUGGGACAAGCAACCAGUAAAGGAGCUGGUGGGAAUGAACUUUGAGAGAGUCGCCUUCAACCACGAAAAGAACGUCCUAAUCCUGUUCUAUUCCCCAUGGAGUUCAGAUAGUCGUGCACUGUUCCCGUUGUGGGAAGACCUUGCAGAACACUUCAGUGACAGUGAAGACGUGGUAGUUGCAAGAAUCGACAUUACCGCAAACGACGUGAACAUUCGGAUGAUGGACAGAUACCCAUGCAUUAAAGUAUUCCCUGCUGUCUACGCUGAGAGGGUAGUGUCAUAUUCUGGUGAAGCAAAGCUGGAACCGAUAGUUGAGUUUGUGAAUGCAGAGAGUGAGCGUGCCAAAGUGGACAAAGCCAAGGAAGUGAUUGAGAGGAAGAAAUACCUGGAUGCCCAGAAAGAAGCUGCCAAAGACGAAUUAUAGAGGAGAGACACCCUGACACCUCAUUUACACAAACCACCCAUCUUUGACUAGCCCCUAUCUAUGGAUUGUCUCUGGUUUGGAAAUUCAAGUACGAGUAAUAAAAUGAAUACAAAAAAAUUAUUUUUGUUAAAUUGGCUUAUAUGAGUUGUCACAAAUAAAGGUGUAAAAAUA